UUGUGACUCAGCCUCUGGGAAAGCAGAGCACAGCAGUGUGUUCAGGAUCAGGAGCUGCUCAAACUCCUCUUUUCUCCAUAUCCUUUCCUGUGUUCAGAAUGAAUGAUUAACAUUAGGACCUACACACUGAGAACCGCAUCACUCCGGAUCCGGAUCCAGCUCAGCCUCAGCCUCAGCCUCUCCUCCUCCUCCUCAUCCAUCCAUCCAUACAUACACUGCUGCUGCUGCUGCUGAUCACCGGCGGGGAGUGGCCGCUGCUUUGUGUGAGCGGGGGGAGCCCUGUGUGCUGCAGGAGGAGAGGAGGAGGAGAGGGGGAGAGGAGAGGAGGAUAGAGGAGGAGAGGCUGCCCCUGAGAUGCUCUGCUGGCUGGAAGAGGAAGAGAUGUCUGUGCAGGAGUUCCUGGAAAGGGUGGGCUCUGUGAUCACCCAUGUCGAUGAGAUUAUGCAGCAGGAGAUACGGCCGCUGCUGGCUGUGGAUAUCAUCGAGCAGCUUCACAGGCAGUUCGCUCUGCUCUCAGGAGGAAGAGGAAAGGAUGGCGCCCCCAUCAUCACCUUCCCCGAGUACUCUGACUUCAGUGAGCUUCCUGAGGAGGAUUUUAUUAAUGUAGUUACAUAUCUCACCAGCAUACCCAGUCUGGACGCGGCCAGUAUCGGCUUCAUAAUUAUCAUAGACCGCAGGCGGGACAAAUGGAGUUCGGUGAAAGCCUCGUUGGCUCGAAUAGCAGGGGCGUUCCCUGGCAACCUGCAGCUGGUCCUGGUGCUGAGGCCCUCGCGUUUCUUCCAAAGAGCUAUAGCUGACAUCGGCAUCCGAUUACACCGCGAUGACUUUAAAAUGAAGGUACCGAUCGUCAUGCUGAACUCUCUCUCAGAUCUGCACGGCUACAUCGACAAGGCUCAGCUGACCUGUGAGCUGGGGGGCAGUCUGCAGUACUGUCACAGUCAGUGGAUUCACCAUCGCACAGCUAUUGAAAACUUUGCGGUGACGGUGAAAAGCACAGCGCAGAUGCUGCAGAAGUUUGGAACAGAUUUGGCAGAAACUGAACUCCCCAAUGACGUGCAGUGCACCAAAGAUCUGCUGACGUCUCACACAGAGAAACACGAUAAACUCAAGGAUGAACUAAAGUUAGCAUUGAAACAAGGAAGCACUCUGUUGUCUUGCAUCAAAGACCUGGCCAAUAAAACCGAAAACCACAAGCUGAACCCAGAUGAAACGGAAAAUCAGACCACUGUUGAAAGGUUGCUGGCUCAGUUGGAUGAGACUGAAAAUGCUUUUGAACAGUUCUGGUCCAAACAUCAUCUAAAGUUAGAGCAGUGUUUGCAGCUCAGGCACUUCGAGCAGGACUUUAGAGAGGUAAAAGUGUCGUUGGACUGUCUGAUGGAGGAUUUGCUGAAGCUCACAGACAUCGGGGACUGUGUUAGUCGUGUGGUUCAGCUGCUGAAAGAACUGAAGAGUCUAGAGGACAGCGCUCAGGAGUCUUUGGAGAAGGCGCAGCUGCAUGCCCUGCACGGAGACCAGCUCAUCCAGAGCAACCACUACGCUGUGGAUUCCAUCCGGCCCAAAUGCGUGGAGCUGCGACGCAUUUGUGACGACUUCAGCAACGAGUCCAAGAAGAAAUACGACAUCCUGUCCAAAUCACUGGAGAUCCAUACAGGCAUGGACAAGGUUAACCACUGGUGUGAGAGUGGAGUGUAUCUAAUGGCGUCUCAGGCUGUGGAUAAGUGCCAGUCUCAGGAGGGUGCGGAGGCGGCACUGCAGGACAUCCAGAAGUACAUGGAUUCAGCCAGGGAGCAGCAGCUCAGUCAGCUAAAAGACCUGUACAACCAGCACGAGAUCAUCCUGUCUGAUCACAUAAAGAUUAACGUGCAGAGCGCUUUAAAGAGGCUGGAUGAAGUUCAAGAGAUGUUUGAGAAGAGGCACAUCAGCCUAAAGAGGCUUUCAGCUAAGCAGAGCAGACCUGUGCAGCCUGUGGCUCCACGACCUGAAUCUUCACCCAAGCGUCCUUCACCCAAAACCCCACGACCUUCCGGCCCAGCACCCGUUCGCAGAAGCUCAGAGAACAAUUCCACCAAGCCGGCCACUGAAGCGGAGUUGGCGAGAAAGAAAAACAUACGUAAAGCUAAAGGAGGCAUCAAGAUUGAAGUUAUGCAUGAAGAAAGCCAAGGAGGCUCCAGCCACAUUCUCGUGACCAGCGAGACAGAGGAGAGCCUGUCUAGCAGGCGGAGACACAUUAUGAACGAGCUGAUUGAGAGUGAGAGAUAUUAUGUGGAAGAGCUGCAGAGCAUAAUGGAGGGUUAUGUUGCCGCGCUGGAUAACUCAGAAAUGACUCAUUUGAUCCCGGCGGUUCUGGAAAACAAGAAGGAUGUGCUCUUUGGCAACCUGGGAGAAAUCUGGGACUUUCACAACAAGACUUUUCUGAAAGAGCUGGAGAACUAUGUGGAGAAGCCUGAGUUAGUGGGAACAUGCUUCUUGAAAAGAAAAGAAGAGCUGCAGAUCUAUGAGAAAUACUGUCAAAAUAAACCCCGGUCUGAAGCUCUCUGGAGACAGUGUGGAGACAGCAUGUUCUUUCAGGAGUGCCAGAAACGGUUGGACCAUAAGCUUUCGUUAGAUGCGUACCUGCUGAAGCCCGUGCAGAGAAUCACCAAGUACCAGCUGAUGCUGAAGGAGAUGCUGAAGUGCAGUAAGAACUCUGAAGGCACGGCGGAGCUGGAGGAAGCUUUAGCCACUAUGCUGGACAUCAUAAAGUCAGUGAACGACUCAAUGCACCAGAUCGCCAUCACUGGCUUUGAGGGUAACCUGAACGACCUGGGAAAGCUGCUCAUGCAGGGCUCCUUCAACGUCUGGACCGACCAUAAGAAAGGCCACAACAAGGUGAAGGACCUGGCCCGAUUCAAACCCAUGCAGAGACAUCUGUUCCUGUACAAUACAGUGAUUUUAUUCUGUAAGAAGCGUGAGGAGAUCUCAGAAGGCCACGAGAAAUCACCCUCAUACAGUUUCAAGCAUUCCCUCAAGAUGAGUGCGGUUGGAAUCACAGAGAAUGUAAAAGGAGACGUCAAAAAGUUUGAAAUCUGGUUCAACGGGAGAGAGGAAGUUUACAUCAUUCAGGCUUCCUCCAUGGACGUGAAGAACAUGUGGGUGUCUGAGAUUCGGAAAGUGCUGACAGGACAGCUGGAGGCGUGUAGAGAGGCAAGCCAGCUCCAUCAAAGGAUCACGGAGAACAUCUACCAUGCUCCCAUGAGGAAUUUUCGAAAAGUGGCCCUCAGGCAGUCGGACUCCUCCAGCCCCGAGACAGGCUACAGGCGCAGCGACGGCCCCAACAUGAGGCAUAAACGAGCUGAUGCUUCCGGCAGCCUUAGCUCAGACCAAUCCUCAGCUCUGGCUAGAAAGCGUUUCACCUUACAAGGCCUGUCCAAUCGCAGGUCUCUGCCUUCAGAACCAGCACCUAAGGAGACAGACGUCCCCCGCCGCUUCUCUUUAGCCUCCACCCUCAGUGCCUCCUCCACCACACGCACUAAAGGUCCUCUUUCUGCAAACCUUAAAAGCAAGAGACACCAAAUAAAGAGCGACCCCACGCCGUUUGGCUAUGGAGAUUCUAUACGAGGUGCUCUUCCAGCUGACAGCAAAAAUAAAGGUACAGCCAGUACCAAACCCAGUGUGCCUAGAUCCACCUCUCAACCAGGAUGGACUCAACGUCGUUUACCCUCGAUGGACACUGAAGACUUCGAAACCAUCCCAUCCAGCGCUGAGGAGCUAUCGAAUUCUUCAGACGGAGAAGAGGACAGCAAUAACAAAAAUGGGGAGCUUGAACGCUUUCAGGUGCAGCUGACGUAUGAGGCGCGCGCUCCACACGAGCUCUCGCUGGAGGCAGGAGAUGUAGUUCAGUUCGUACAGGAGGCUGAGAAUGGCCACUGGCUAGUCAAGAACCUAAAUACUCUGAAGACAGGGCUGGUCCCACCCACGAUCCUGCAGUCUACAGCAGGAAGUGUGGACAUUUACAGUCACUCUGACAUCUUCAGUGACCUGUGCACCGCGGCUCUCACGGACACCGAGGAGACAGAGGAGAGCGCCGGGCCGCUGCUGGCCCAGCAGAGCCGGCUUGCAUGUUGAACAUGUGCAUUGUGUGUCCUCCUUCUUCUUCUUCUUCUUCUCCUUCAUCUUCUCCUUUUUUUUUUACCCGCUCGUUGUUCUUGUUGCUGUCUUGCUCGAGUGCCAUACAGCGGUGAAGCGUGCAGGACGCUGCAGCUCCUGCAGAGUCCUGUAGAGCACUAGAACGAGCCCCGCCAUUCUGGAAGAGUGGGGAACAACCUCUACUGCUGCUGCUAUUCCCAGCCACACUGCACUGGAACGUGUGCCAUCAUUUUUGGCCUUUGGAUUCUAGAGCUGAGACUCUGCUCCAUCAUUUUGGGACGGCGUGCAUUGGAUGACACGGACGCUAGCCGCCAAUCAUCAUCCACCAUCAUUAGGCCAUCUGCUAUCUGCUGUGCCUUAGCAGAGCGCAAAAAAAAGUUCAAUUUUUGACAUCUUGAAUUUUUUUUUCUUAAACAAAAAAUAAAUAAGGACUGUGGACGAAGAAAGGAGAUGCAGUAUAAAGCCAUGCAGUAUGACUCCAAGGACGUAAUGCCAUGAUUCUGAGGUAAAAAGUGAGAGAAACAGACUAUAAAAUAAAAAUAAAAAAAGACAAAAGCAAAAAGACUCUACUGUACUGUCCUGCUGAAUUUUCUCUACAUGAUCACAAAAGACACUGAAACGGAAAACGAACCAUCCGAAGAGCAUUGAAGAACUCUUUUAAAUGGUCAGAAAUGCAGCACUUUCGAAAAACUAAAAUAACAAUCUAUCAUGUGUAUGUGUAUUAUAUAAGAUUUAUAUACUCCUUUUUUUUACAUGUUGACUUAUUUGUUUUGCAUAUUCUGUUUUUUUUCUGAUUUUAAAGCUUCAUACUACUUAUAAACCUCCUCAACAGAUCUCCCUCAGAUCGGAUCUCAGUCCAGGUUCAGCUUCUAAGCGUUAUUUCACCUUUUCGUAUUUUAUUAUUGUAGCACAACUAUUCCAACUGUACUGUACAGACAGGUAAUGUAAGGUAAUGUAUGAUUGGGCUUUGGAAAUAUAUUUUUUUUAUUUUCAUGGAAUCAAAUGCAAAAGCAGUGGAUAAAUCAGUGAGAAUAAGUAAAUAAGUGUACUGUAUUAAAAAACGCUGCCUUCAUAUUUUCAUAUCUUAUCUAGACAGAACAACAAAGGAAAAUGCAAUUUUGACAGCAUGUCAGUGAAUGUAUAAUAUUCUUACACACCAAAUAUUUCAUAUUUCACCAUCGAGAAGGAGAACAGUCCAAUUGUAACAUUUUCAAGAAAAAUUCAGAAUACAAAAAAACAAAAUCCACAUUUUUUCCAUUUGACCAACUUUUGUUCAAUGACUCUAAGCACAAAAAGGAAAAGUGGAAUGCAGAGUUUAUGAUAACCAUCAUUACGCUCCUGUAUUUAUAAAGAAUACAAACUGUACAAUGCUUUGACACCUUUGGUCAGUGAUCGCAAACCGACAAUACAAUACAAUACAAUGUAUUACCAGUCUACAUUUUUAAACAUGCGAUUAAAUAUGUGCAUAAAAAAAAAA